UCACAUGACGAGUGAUCUCACUCUGGGUUCAAGAUGGCGGCUCCCAGUGUCUCAAAUUUGGACGUCAAAGAAAAUGUUGCCACUGCAAGUCCACAGUUGGGCCGAUCGGCAAUUAGUGAAAUUCAUUCGUCAGAAAAAACUGGAGUUCCACUAAAUACGCCAUGGACUUUUUAUCUAGACAAAUCAACACCAGGUACAUCAGCUGCGGAAUAUGAGGCUUGUCUCAGGAAACUUUAUACAGUCAGUACCGUUCAGGGAUUUUGGAGUGUUUAUAACAAUAUUCCAAGUGUUAGCAAGCUUGGAUCUAGAUACAGCUACCAUCUUAUGAGACAUGAACGCCGGCCUGUCUGGGAAGACCCAGAGAACUGUAAUGGUGGGAACUGGAGAAUGAAAUGCCAUAAAUGGGACACGUCUACAGUGUGGCAGGAGCUCUUGUUGGCAGCAAUUGGAGAGCAUCUGUCAGAUUUCUUGAUUGAAGGUGAUGAAAUAAGCGGUAUAAGUGUCAGCAUGAGGGAAAAAGAUGAUAUAGUAACGAUUUGGAAUACCCGAUCACACCUGGCAGAACAAUCAAAUAUUCUCGAGAAAGUCAAAGAGCUAGUGCCAACUGUCAACUUUACUGCAACAUUUUAUAAAGCUUUUCAAACGCAUCAAGCAUUUGAAGGCCAGGCCAGAGGAAAACGAUCUUGAACAAAGCAACACUUGUGAUAAUAGAAGACCUGUUGUAGAUACAGACAUGCAUUUUAUUAGCCACAUUACAUGUAUCACCUUAGGGUCCCUUCUUUAACAGCCUUUGUAACAGAACUUGUUUUUUUCCCAAAGAAAAUUGUUGUUAGCUUGAUUUUGACAUUUCAUUGGCAAAUAGCUUUUGGUGACAUUUCCCUGUUUGUUAAGCAUUAAUGUUCAUGUAUACAUAAUAGUAAUAUAGAUAUACUUAAAAGCUUCAAUAGGAGUGAGGGCUGGGUAUUUUGGUUGGUAGUAUUUACCCAGUGGGGCUACAGGCAACAUUUUGUGAUAGCUUUUAAUUUGGAUAUUCUUGGUUGCUGAACAAUGUGUUUGAAUAAUUUUUUACUUGAUAUGUUAGUAAUAACAAAGCACUUCAUCUGUUUAAAUAUAUCAUUUUUCUUUGAAUAGAAAAGAACAAUUUUAGUUUUGACAGAUUCAUGGAAUACAAAACAGCAACAUUUUAUUAAUCCUCACCAACAUUAAUCCGACACUUGUGCAUUUUCGUAGUCUGGUCAGGAGCUUUGCUGUCCAUUAUAAAGUCACACACGGUUUGGUGGUCCCAUUAUUGGACAAGGUAGCUACUGACCUGACUGUGUGGAUGCACUGUGCGAACAAUCUUCCUAGUAUAAAAGAUACUUUUUGUCCAGGUCCAAGUUAUUUUUUGUUUGAUAUGAUGCUAGAAAUAUUGAAUACUAUGCUUUUAGAACAAACAAGUACAUGUAGUACUGUUAUACCUCAAAAGUGUUUGGACACUUUAAGAUGAUUAAAAUUGUUUAUGGCCAAAAAUUGAGAUAUACAGCAUAAUCAUGAAAAGAUGCAAUACAUUUAUUGUAUAUAGCUUAUUGCCCAAAGUUUGAAAUUAAUGAGAACGCAUAUUGGUAAAUGCCACAGCCUAAUGCAUUGCGUAAAGUGUCAUCCCGGAUUAGCCUGUGCAGUCCGCACAGUCUAAUCAGGGACGACACUUUCCGCCUAAACUUGAUUUUCGGUAAGGAUUGACUUCCUUGAAACUAAAAAUACCAUAAAAGCGGAAAGUGUCGUCCCUGAUUAGCCUGUACGGACUGCACAGGCUAAUCUGGGAUGACACUUUAGGCACAUGCAUUAAGCCCAGUUUUCUCAGAACACGACUCAAAUAAUUAACUAAAUAUUAUAUUUUAGCAAUAUUUGCAAUAAAUUUGUUAUCACUUAAUGCGUUGGAUUUAACAUUAUGUCAAGGCUGCAUUUAUCAGUUAAGGUCAAAGAUUAACAUCUUGUCUAUAAUAAUAUGAAUCUAUACUCGAUUUAACAAAAUAGUUGAACUAUAAUAUUGUUAAUAGUUCUUUAAGUGUUGCCUUUAACGCCUUCAAAUGUUGCAAGUUGUAACACACAAUACUGUGAAACCAUUUUAAUUUCGUCAGCACGAAAUUUCGUCCUUUUUAAAAAAAUGACUAUUUCAACAGCACUUAAAUUCGUCCAUUUCUGGUUUUGAAAAAAAAAGCGUCCGAUUUGUUUGUAAUGUUUGUAAUAUAUGUAAUACGCGGUUGCGAAAAAAAUCGUGCUGGGGAAAGAGGGGUGACACUUGGUAGUCACUUGCAGGAGGUGGGCCUUGUUUGGCAUAUGCCAAUUAACAAGUCUGUUAUUUCAGGUGAUAGUAACUGUCCCUUAUUAUUUAAUGUCAUUGGCACGUUCUUUGUUAUGAUUAGCGGAUAAGUGGGACUGAAUAACCGUUAACGAGUGUUUUAAACAACAAAGCCAAUUGCCAAUUAGUCUUUUUCCAUUACAAUCACGGACAACCAAACACAAAUCAAUAUAUUCUUUAUUAAUUUGUAAUAAAAGCGCAGAAUAUAUUUCAGUCAGGUGUUGAUCACUUAUCGUCAUAUUUUAAUUGCGUUUAAUAGUAUUGUCUUUAAUCCGGAUUCGCCGCGUGUUGGCUGUAUAAUCUGCAACACCCCUGAAUAACACAAUACACACAAUGGGUAUUAAGUUGUUAACAAUUAGCGCUAAUCAACACUAAUAUACCUAAACGAAGUCGACGCAGUCGAUACAGCCUUAUUGCAUUCGCGUUUUACAGGAAAUGUCAGUUGUCAGUACACUGUAUAAUGUACACCCCUUUGUGUCAAAACCGGAUUUAACUUGAGUGUGAAUAGUCGACUGUUUCAUGUUCUUUGUAUCAAUACCAUCCGUGUAUCUGUACUAUAAUUAUACCAGUCUACAAACAAGGUGCGCGCUUCCGCAUAUGGGUAUUCGGACGUUCAAAAAAUUGACCUACGGUUUAGCGUCCAUGCCGUCGAACGCAUUUAGCAAUAUAACUCGUUUUUUUCCCACUAUUUCUUUACUUGCAAAAAAUACUAGUGGCUUAUAACUUACCUUUGCAAUCUUAUUUUCUCGCAUUUUGCGAGUGUGCGAGUGUUAAUUUCGAGCCCUGUGUAUAUGCGUGGAUUAUGCUGGAUUUAAAUGCCUCAUGCCUACGGUAAUUCAGUCUUUGUUUCAAAUAUGGGACAUGAUUACUGUUAAGAUCUUGAAUUCGUCCAUCGGUCGAAGGACGAAAAAGACGAAAAUUAAUGUCUGACGAAUAAUAAUGGUUUCACAGUAGUUCACAAGAUUGUCAUUAUUGGCACACACUGACAUCAUUUGAAUGAAGUUGUCACUAAGCGCAAUAAGGUUUACUGGUAACAUAUUUAUAGUGCGCAUGGAUGUUAACCCAUUUAGCUUUUGGUACGGUCUACUGGUUUUAUGACGAUUAUCCUGUUGAAAACCUCCAUGUUUAUUGUGUCACCGGAUAAACGCACACUGGUUGUAAUUAUGAUAAAAUCCAAGUGGCAUAUAACAUGUCGGAAAACUUUAGUUUUUAAUUAUGGGUGAAAAGCUGGCUGUCCAAAAAAAAUAAGUGACCGAAAAUAUUUAUUUUUUACAAAAUGAGGUUGUCUGAAAAUUGAGUAUAAUAUACAAGAUAAGUUUUAAGUCUUACUUCUAUGAAGACAUUGUGUUGUCAUUUGACUUUUUAAUUAAUACAUUCUGGAUGUAUGUGUUCAGUAUAUACUUGUAAAAAGAGUAUAUUAUAAUCUUACACAAGUUACAAUCUGUGAUUGUUAUAAAGUGCAAAUAAUAUUUAAAAAAUCCAAAAUAGUGAUGCAAUAUAUUAAGUAAAAUAUUGUAAGAAUUCAGGUCUUCUGAUCUUCCUUCUUGAACAAUCCACUUAAAUGCUAAGUGAAAAGUAGUGUAUUUUUCAUUUUUGUAUGUUUUUUAUGUCCCCCAGUCUAUACUGGGAGAGAAAUUGUUUUUGCCCUGUCUGUUGGUUUGUUUGUUGGUUUGCGUCAAACUUAAACAUUUGCCAUAACUUUUGCUAUAUUGAAGAUAGCAACUUCAUAUUUGGCAUGCAUGUGUAUCUCAUAGAGCUGCACAUUUUGAGUGGUAAAAGGUCAAGGUCAUCCUUCAAGGUCGAAGGUCAAAUAUAUGGGUCAAAAUCGCUCAUUUAAUAUAUACUAUAACUUCGUUUUGCAAUAUUGAAGAUAGCAACUUCAUAUUUGGCAUGCAUGUGUAUCUCAUGGAGCUUCACAUUUUGAGUGGUGAAAUGUCAAGAUACUCCUUCAAGGUCAAAGGUCAAAUAUAUGGGUCAAAAUUGCUAAUUUAAUAUACACUAUAACUUGGUAACAACUUCUCAUAUGCAUGGAGCUGCACAUUUUGAGUGGUGAAAGGUCAAGGUCAUCCAUCAAGGUCAAAGGUCAGAUAUAUGGGGGGGGGGGACAUAGUGUUUCACAAACACAUCUUGUUUUAGAUUAUUUCUUUUGUCUUGAAGACAAAUGUUGAAUAAUGUGUGAGAGUUUACUGCAUCGGAGAAUUAAUUAUUUUUUUAAUACUUUUUUUGGUGCAUAUGCAAUGUAUAUUAAUAGUUUCAAGUUAAAUUGUGUCAGAAGUGUCUGGAGCUUUUCAAAGUUUAGUUUUUUAUCUUAAUUAUUUUUAUUGUUAUUCACAAUAUUUUUGUGUGUUUUGAUUUAAGGAUUUAAGAAAGUCAUGCAACAAAAUAUUUAUUAUUAUCCCCCGCCAUAGGCGGAGGGAUAUUGUUUUGGCGUUGUCCGUCCUUCCGCCCGUCGGUCUUUCCGUCUGUCCGGCACUUUUGUGUCCGGAGCCAUAUCUUGGAAGCGCUUUGACGGAUUUCAUUGAAACUUGGUAUCAGUAUAUAUAUGGAUAAGAGGAUGAUGCACGCCAAAUGGCAUUGUACACCAUCUGUUAAUAACAGAGUUAUGGCCCUUUGUAUCUUGAAAAUAAUGCUUUUUUUUGUGUCUGGAGCCAUAUCUUGGAAGUGCUUUGAAGAAUUUCAUUGAAACUUUGUAUGAGUAUAUAUAUGGAUAAGAGGAUGAUGCAAGUUGGCGUUGUCCAUCCGUCCAGAAAACUUUUGUGUCCAGAAGUAUAUUGGCGGGGGAUAUCAAUUCAAUGAAUUUGCUUGUUUCAAAUGGAAACAUGAAUAACAUGGUAUGAAAGGGCAGGUACCCUUAAAUGAUGCAUAACCUUUGAAAAAGGACAUGAAAUAAACCAAUGGUGUAAGUUUUCUGUGUUAGCAACUUAAUGAACACAAGUUUUAUGUGUUUUUAUGAUCUUGUUAAUUUUUAAAUGUAUGUUCAAAUGUUAGUUUAUACUUUAAAAAUUCAUGACUGUCCAUAUUUUGCUUUAUACUUUUGAACUUUGGACAAUAAACUCUGUUGAAAUAUACUGAACAAUGAUCAAUCUCAUUUAAGAUAUGUAUUACUUUGAUGUUGAUUGUAUCAACAUAUUGUUUAUGUAUUCUAAGAACUUACUAUAUCGAGAAGAUAAAAUUUAGUGUGCAUUGAUUAUAUUAUGUUUGUUACAUUCUGUAUGUAUAGUGUUUGUUACAUUCUGUAUGUGUGGUGUUUGUUACAUUCUGUAUGUGUGGUGUUUGUUACAUUCUGUAUGUGUGGUGUUUGUUCGUUCUGUAUGUGUGGUGUUUUUUUUACAUUCUGUAUGUGUGGUGUUUGUGUUACAUUCUGUAUAUGUGGUGUUUGUUGCAUUCUGUAUGUGUGGUGUUUGUAACAUUCUGUAUGUGUGGUGUUUGUUACGUUAUGUAUGUGUAGUGCUUGUAACAUUCUGUAUGUGUGGUGUUUGCUACAUUCUGUAUGUGUGGUGUUUAGUUACAUUCUGUAUGUGCAGUGUUUGUUACAUUCUGUAUGUGUGGUGUUUGUUACAUUAUGUAUGUGUGGUGUUUGUUACAUUCUGUAUGAGUGGUGUUUGUUACAUUCUGUUUGUGUGAUGUUUGUUACGUACUGUAUGUGUGAUGUUUGUUACAUUCUGUAUGUGUGGUGUUUGUUACAUUUCUAUGUGUAGUGCUUGUAACAUUCUGUAUGUGUGGUGUUUGUUACAUUCUGUAUGUGUGGUGUUUGUUACAGUCUGUAUGUAUAGUCUUUGUGACAUUCACAUGUAAGGUCUUUGUUACAUUUUGAAUGCACCUAUCUUAGUAUUAUUGUCUGUUACUUUCAUCUCUGUAUGCAAACAUCAUAUACAUAUAUGUAUUAUCAUUGGUAAUAAACAGAUGUGGUUGAUUAUACACAUUUCUUUUGUUAGACUGUCAGUGUCAUAGAGUGUAAGUUUUGUCUAAAGUUUGUUUCUGUUUUGAGUUUUACUAUGUAAAAAACAACAGCAUCUUAAUAUAAUAAAACUGUUACAGGUUGAUUUUUGGAGGUGGUCUUGUGUAAAAUAUUUGUCUACUGAAUUCCGAAGGAAAAAACUGGUUAUUAGAUUGGCGAAUGCGGGCGGGCUGGCGGGCUGGCUGGCGGGCGGGCGGAACAAGCUUGUCCGGGCCAUAACUAUGUCGUUCAUUGUCAGAUUUUAAAAUCAUUUGGCACAUUUGUUCACCAUCAUUGGACGGUGUGUCGCGCGAAAUAAUUACGUCGAUAUCUCCAAGGUCAAGGUCACACUUUGAGUUCAAAGGUCAAAAAUGGCCAUAAAUGAGCUUGUCCUGGCCAUAACUAUGUCAUUCAUUGUGAGAUUUUAAAAUCAUUUGGCACAUUUGUUCACCAUCAUGGGACGGUGUGUCGCACGAAAGAAUCACGUCAAUAUCUCCAAUGUCAAGGUCGCCACGACUAAAAAUAGAUUUAAAAAAAAAAACUUACAAAGGGGGUUUAUUUUGUUUGUUCAUUUCAAAAGUUCAGUUUGAGUUUUCUCCCUUUAUCAGAUUUUUUUUCACAAUGAAAACCUGGUUUUGUGACAAUUUUGUCCCUUGUUUAUUUUAUAAUAAUGUUUAUCAACUAAUAAUGGUUUAUUGUGUUUGUGGAAAGAAGCAUUCUACAAUAGUUAUCAUACAAUAAGAAUACAUUUGUGUACAUUUGAACUUUACUCAAUCAGUGGUUGCUGUUGAAACUGAAUUGUUGAAUUAUUGCCUUGUGAUUCUCCCAGUAUAUUUAGGGAGAUAUAAUUUCCACAGAAUAUUUACUUUUACACAAUUACAAGAGAAUGAUAGUGUUUCUCUUUACCUUAUAUACAGGGAGUAUUAUUUAUUAAAAUGUGAUAAGUAAAUCAGUGUUUUUUCACGUGUUAAUUGGUUUAAUUCUCUAAUAAAAAAAUCAAAUUGGUAAUAUUUUUUUUAAUGUUUGAAUUGUAAAACUAUAUCAUCAAGUAAUAUAAGAUAGGAUAACAGAGUUAUAAACACAUAAAAUGAUCUUAAAUACUGUAUGUUUUGAUAUAUUGAGAAAGGAAGUAUAUAUUUUUUAACAGACUGUCAUGUUUUUGUCUGAAAAUAAAACAUGAAUACAUGUAUAUUCAUUUACUAAGGGUAGGUAGAUUGCUUUAACACUGAAGACAGUCAUUUCUUAAUAGUCUAUUAAUAUGUCUGAGGAUGUUCGAUUGUGUUUCUUUUUUUCUCUUUUAAACAAUUAUUAAGAAUUUCUAGUCUGAGAUUCCUAGUUAACAAGGUUUGCUUGUGUAGAUUAUUUAUUUUAAGUGCCAUUGGAAACAUGUUAAGUACAUGUACUAUUUUGUAUCACAGGAAUGUUUCUUCAUUUGAUUUAUUAACUACGUCAAUUUUUGAAGUCUAUAUAGACAUUUCAGCUAUUGUAUACUGGUAUACCUUUUGAUCUGUAUUAUAACAUUUGAAAUAAUAACAAAAAGUAUGAAUUAUUAUUUCAUAAAUGUUGUAUACGCCCUUGGCAUGUUGAUACUGUUGGCAUAUAAAGGGCUUGUCAUGUCCUUACAUAUUUCCAUCCAUGACAGGGUUGGUCACUUUUAUGGUUUCUAGUAGCACCAAAACAGAUUGCUACAAUUCUAUUAUAUUUCCACACUUGUUGCUUGUGAUCGUUACCUAUUCACCUGUAUCAGCCAAUAUUCCUUUGAUCUUAUUCUGGAUCUUAUUUGCACUUCAAACAAAUGAAACAAUAUGGAUACUUCUUGGUUCACUGCAUUUGUUUGUUUCUUCAAGGAUCAACUCAUAGAUACAGAAACAGUUGAUGGCUAGGACCAUUCCCAAAUACGCUCAGUUAAACUCACUUUGACCUAGACCUACUUUGGACUUUUAAACAAAUAUAAUGGUUUGAUAUUUUUAAGUUAAAUUAUUAAUACAUAUAAUUGUUCAGUGUAACAAAUACUAAUUUGAUUUAUUCUUGGAUAAAUAAGAUAAACUAUCCCAUCUACCAGCUUCACCACUUGAUACAACACAAUUAUCACCAUAACUUUAAGGACGGUAUAGAUUACUAGUAUUUAAAUUGUGGGUUUUCUAAAAGCUUAAAUGCCAGUGUCCAUGCAUCUUAAUUGGACAAGAAUAAGGAAAAGCUUAUUAAAAAGGAAUUUUUUUUCAAACACUAUUGACAAGAAAAUGUAAAUAUAAACAAGAACUGUGGCUGUGAUGUUUUGAAUGUGUACUAUCCGCUUGAUCACUUUGCAUGAGAUUACAUGAGCAUUUAGAAAUCCAUAUCAUGUAAGGAAAUGUACGACUUUGUAGUGCUCUUAAAGCAGGCUUGUGUCAUGAGUUGUAUUUAUUUUUGUUAUGCCCCCAAAGGAGGGCAUAUAGUGUUCGGACCGUCCGUCCGUCUGUAUGUCCUUCCGUAACCUUUGCGUUUAGGUUUUGCUUUUAGGUUUUGAAAAAUGCUCAUAACUUUUAUGUAGCUUCAGAUAGCAACUUGAUAUAUGGCAUGCAUGUGUAUCUCAUGGAGCUGCACAUUUUGAGUGGUGAAAGGUCAAGGUCAUCCUUCAAGGUCAAAGGUCAAAUAUAUGGCAUCAAAGCGGCGCAGAAGGGGGCAUUGUGUUUCUGACAAACACAUCUCUUGUUAGAUAUGUUUAAAGGCCAUUUAAAUGCCCCCGGAUUGAAUGAUCGGGGAUAUAUUGUUUUUGGACUGUCUGUCUGUCAUUUUGUCCCAAAACUUCAACUUUGGUUUUGCGAUAACUUUUGCAACAUUGAAGAUAGCAACUUGAUAUUUGGCAUUCAUGUGUAUCUCAUGGAGCUGCACAUUUUGAGCGGUGCAGUAGGGGGCAUUGUGUUUCACAGCUCUUGUUGUUUUUGAGUUUUCAAAAAGCUCAAAUAUGCCACAAUGCCAGCAUGAUAUCAACUGUAUUGGUUAUGAUGUGUUCAAUUUUGCUACUGGAUUAUCUCAGUAAGUAGUACAUAAAGCUUUUUUUAACAUUUAUCGUUUGUUAAUAUUUGUAUCAAUAUUUGAAUUAUUUAAUGAGAAAUGAUUUUCUCACAAUCAGCAAUUAUGUCUUAAUUAUCUCAGUUAGUAGCCAAAAUUAGUUCUAAAUGCUUUACAGUUUUAUAGCUUUUAAAGUUUUAAACAUACCAUAUAAGCAUCAGGUUAUGUGAUGGUGUUGAGGCUUUAAAAUGCUUGAUAGAAAUCUAAUGCAGUCUUUAAUGUAUUGAGAAAAAAACUUUAUCUCAGUCUUUAAUGUUUUCAUAGGAAAAUUGUUUGUACAUGUAUUUCAGUGAUCUUUUAUACUGUUUUUUCUCUUGAGGAUGCAUAUUAUGGGAACACCCUUGGUGGAUGGAUGUCCGGUGGGAUGGGCAGUUACGCAUGUUCACUGUUAACAUUCUAUAUGUUGUACACUUUUCAUAGAAUAUUCACCAAACUUUCUUGCAAUGAUUGUUGUUAAAAUGAAUGUUAAAUUUGGUAACCAGCUCAUUUGCCCUAGCCACUUCAGGUGUUUUAUUUUGUUGAUAGAUAACAUGGACAUUCGCCAUUUCUGCUAUUUUAAUCAUUUAGUGUUCAUCAAAUCUUCACCAGACUUUCUUGAAUAUGGUGGCAAAGUUUGAUACCAGCUAAAAAGUGCCAAUCAUUUUAGAAUAAUUGCAUUUUAUAUGUAAUUUUUUUUUGCAAAAUUCACAGUUUUAUCACUUUUCACCGAAUGGUCACCAAACUUCCAGAUAUUGGGCUAUUUUUUAGGACAGGCAUUUAUUUCUAUCCAUUGCCAUGUUUUUAGUGCCUUUGAUGUUUUUGGAAUAAAUAUGAUGCCAAUAGUGUACUUCUUGCUGGGUCAAUUUAAAUACAAGUAUUUUCCAUUAUUGUGUUAUAUAUCUUUUUAAACAGCUGAAACAAAGAAUAGUGGUAUACUGGACUCACCAUUGACUUGUCUGUCAGUCUGUCUUUCUGUUUGUCGACAAAAAAUUGUCCCAUAAAGUUUUCUAUACUUUUCAACAGACAACAUUUAAACUUAAUAAAGUGUCCUUUAUGAGCUGAAUUUGUGAAUUUGUAGUGUUAUUACAACUGGCAAUGUAUUUCAAUAAUCCGCACGAUUAAGUAUUUUUGUCGGGAAGCGGACGACAACGAGCGAGGCAUGGUAUUGUAAUGCACAUGGGGGGCCAAGAGGGUAAGGGUAAGGGGUCGGGUUUGGGUUAGGGUUAGCCUAAACCCUAACCUUAACCCGACCCCUAACCCUAACCUAACAAUAACCCAUGGUUAUCUCCCAUAUACCAGGCCUCGCUCGUUGUCGUUGUCCCCUUCCCAUUUUUGUCACUACUGCAACAAGCUCUAGUUAAAGAUUCAUUCUACCAUUCUUGUUGAAAUUUAAGGAAAAUUGUGUGUUUCAUUAACAUAUUACACAAUCAAAUGACACACUGUAUUGAGAACUCAGUGACCCCUCAGAUGUGUAGAAUAACAUAAUAGAAUAUGGUGAUACCCGAUUGUGUAUGGUACUUCAAAUACAGUGCUAUUUUUUAUGCCCCCGGAUCGAAUGAUCGGGGGUAUAUUGUUUUUGGCCUGUCUGUCAUUCUGUCUGUCACCAAAACUUUAACCUUGGUUAAAGUUUUGCGAUAACUUUUGCAAUAUUGAAGAUAGCAACUUGAUACUUGGCAUGCAUGUGUAUCAUGGAGCUGCACAUUUUGAGUGGUGAAAGGUCAAAGUCAUCCUUCAAGGUCAAAGGUUAAAUAUAUGGCCUCAAAGCGGCGCAAUAGGGGGCAUUGUGUUUCUGACAAACACAUCUCUUGUUAUUUAAAAAAUGCUGUGUCUAUAAUCUUUGCACAGAAAAAUGUUGGCUUUCAAUUUUUAGCAUAAAAUUUGAUUAUAAAAAACAACAGACGAAGAAACUAUAUGUUUUGCAAAGAAAAUCAUGAAUGUUGUAUUACUGUAAAGACUUAUGGUUUUAAUGCUCAUUCACAUGUUUAUGUUUAUUAUUUCAUUCCAUUUGUUUGAAAUUGUAUAUGUCAAGUGUAUUGUGUCAGUAGUCAUUCAAGAUUUUGAGAAGAGUGAUACAAAAAGCUUUUAAUUUGUCCAAAUAUUAAGAUGGAAAACCUCACUACAUGUAUUGUAUAUUUCCUUACCAUUUUAACAAAUGCCGUUGAAGAAAAAAGAUGAAUAAGUUCAAUUAAUAAUGAAAUUAUAUGAUUGCUGUCAAAUUGUUGUAAUCACUUCAUGUCAUAAGAAACAAAUCAGUAUUUUUCUUUAAUUUCAUACCUGACCGUUUAUUCAUAAACCUCCUUGAAAAAAGUUCAAUUCUUGCUUUAAAGUUUAGUGCACAAUUUAUAUAAAAUUGUCCAUGGGAGUGCAUCUAUAAAAAAAUUGGUAAAAAAAGACAAAAUUAGUUUUUUAAGUACCGGUACUGGUAAAUAAUAAAAUGAAAUUUAAAUGGAACUUGUUAAGAAUGUGUUCUUUUAAGACUUUCACCAAAUUCAAUUUUGGAGUUUUUGAAUAUGGAUUUGUAUUAUCUCAAUAUGUACAUCAUACAAAUGAACAACGAUUCAUUUAGAUAUUACAUAGUGUCCUCUUACAUUAUACAUGUUUGAGAUGUUGGUGUCAAAAUAAAGCUUAUUAUACCGCAA